GAUAUCAAUGGACUUUUAUGCGCCCAAGUAAAAACAGAGCAGUAUCAGGUACGAGGUACACGAGUCAAGCCAUAUUGGACCCAUGCCAUCCAUGGAGGUAGAGAAAUCCGUCGGAGGCAAGGUGCUGAUGGUAUGCGAGCAAUCGAAAAGCCUUCGCUGCCUUUGCACUGGAGUUCCAAGUUAAUGGGGCAGUUGACCGUGAGCAUCAACAACAUCGGCCUAGAACGCAAAAACGCACACAUGGCGUGA